GCGCCCCAGCCAGGCGCUCACACAGGAUCGCUGAAUGCUGCAGACGGCGAGAUGGCCGGCCAGGGUCAGCGCGGCACUAGCCCCGGCCGCUCCAAGAGGGCCGGCGGAGGCGGCGGGGGCGGCGACAGCAGGGGGUCGCGGCGGCAGGGUCCCGCUUCCAGGGGCAGCUCUCCCGGCAACAGCACCGGCGGAUCGCUGCCCGGCUCCAGGGGCGCCGAGAGCAGCUCCAGCUCGGACCUACUGGAGGUGAGCGCCACCGGGUCGCUGAGGUCGCCCUCCACUCCAGAGGACAACAUCAACGUCGUCGUGCGAGUGCGGCCGCUGAGCAAACGGGAACUCAAAUCGGGCGACAACUCAGUGGUGCAGUUCCCGGGCAACGGACAAGUCGUGCUGAACGCGCUGGAGUGCGCGGCGGCGCUGGGCGGCAGCGUGCGGCCCAAGGUGUUCUCGUACAACGCCGUGUUCGAGCCGGCGGCCACGCAGGAGGACGUGCUGCAGUACUCGGGCGUGACGCGCCUCAUCGACAUGGCCGUCGACGGCUACAGCUGCACCUGCUUCUGCUACGGCCAGACCGGCUCCGGCAAGACGCACACCCUCACCGGGCCUCCCGGACUUUUCGACCAGCGGCCCAACCCGUACUCGGAGGACCACGGGCUGGUGUUCCGGUCGUUCGUGCACCUCUUCAAGCUGCUGCAGGAGCGCCGCGACUGCCACUUCGUUCUCAAGGCUUCCUUCCUCGAGAUAUACAACGAAAAGGUGAUUGACCUGCUGAACCCGGGAUCGGCGCGGAAGCCGCUGGCGGUGCGCUGGUCCAAAAAGACGCGCAGUUUCUUCGUGGAGAACCUGUUCAGCGUCGACUGUGAGACCCUCGAUGACCUACUCGCCGUGCUCGAGGAAGGUAUGCGGAACAGGUCUGUGGGCAGGCACAACAUGAACGAGUACUCGAGCCGCAGCCACACCAUCCUGACGGUGCACAUCACGUCAGAGCAGCAGGUCGGCAAUGAGGGAGUAUUUUUAACGAAGCAGGGUAAAAUCAACUUCGUGGACCUGGCCGGCAGCGAGAUGACCAAGAAGACACACAGCGAAGGCAAAACGCUCGAGGAGGCCAACAACAUUAACAAAAGUCUCAUGGUGCUCGGGUACUGCAUCGCCUCGCUGAGCGACAGCAGGAAGAAGGCGGGCCACAUCCCGUACCGGGACAGCAAGCUCACCAAGCUUCUCGCAGACAGCCUCGCCGGCAGCGGAGUAACGCUCAUGAUCGCGUGCAUCUCGCCGGCGCGGUCCAACGUGACAGAGACGCUGAACACGCUGCGCUACGCCGCCAGGGCCAAGAAGAUCCGCACGCAGCCCAUCGUCGUCAUGGACCCUCGCGAGGCGCUGAUCCUGAGCCUGAAGCGGGAGGUGGCGUCGCUGCAGGAGGAGAACGAGCACCUGCAGCACGCGCUGCACCUGCACGCCGCCGCACAAGAUCUCCAGAAUGAAUUUUUCACUCUGCAGCGGCGUUCGGUGGACCCGCGGUCGCCGGCGCCGGACGCGUCCGCGCUGGCGGGCAUGGAGCGCGAGGAGCUGGUGGAGCUGGCGAGGCACUACGUGGCCGAGAACGCGGCGCUGCGCAGGGAGAACCUCGAGCUGUUCAGCACGCGCGAGCUGCUGCUGCGCGACCAGGAGGUCGUCUGCCGCGAGAACGAGCGACUCCUCAAGAAGCUCGAGGACGUCAACUCGGUGUGCUGCCGUUCGCCCAUCAUCCCCGCGCGGCCGGCCUACUCCGCAGAGAUGCUGGCCGCCUCCAUCAACGGCAACGGCCCAGAGGCAUCAGCGGGCGGUCAGGCCACCGGGUCAGCAGUUUGGUCCAGCCCGACGCCGGAGGCUGCCAAGAACAACCGAAGAUCGGCCAAGCCACCACACAGAUUACCAGAUUCCAUACAGAAAGAACUUGAGCGAAGAAGAAUCGGCACCAGCAGUAUGACGAACAUCGCGGACUCGUUCCGAGAGCGCAGCCACCGGCGGCACAACUCGUGGGAGGAGUCUGGCGGCGGCGGCGGCGGCGGCGCUGGCAGCGCCGUGGCCAGCCCGGGGACGCCGGAGGAGCGGCCGGUGGUCACCACGUCACGCACCAGCGCUCUCAGUGUCUGCAGGUGAAGGAACCUAUGGAGGAUAUUACCAGCAACAACACUCUCAAAUUCGAAUGGCCAUUAUAAGUCAGUGAACAUAAUAUAAUGGUGCAGUUUGCUCCACAUACCACCUUUGAACACUUUAAAAAGACUUUGUUCUUCAGUUGUAUGCUGCAGUUAAUACCUGAUAAGUUGAGAAGCUUCCUUAUAUGGUAUGGUCAAGUUGUUUCUUUAUCAAAGCUGGAUUGUUGCAAGUGUUGAGCAGUGAAGAUCUGUUUGUGCAUCAAAUGAACUCUUCUGUCUAGUGAUAAUUUGCAACUUCUAUCUAAUGAUGAUCAUCAAACCAUCUUAUUUUAUACAUAUUGUGAAGGAAAACAUUUAUAUAUUUACUAAAAACAUAGCCUUAUGAGGUCAAAACAUCUACAUGUCAAAUGGUCUACUGCUACGAGAAUGAUUCAUUGCCAUUGCAUCUUUCUGUCAGUUGUUGUUAUUAAUACUGUUACAAAACUUCCUCGUAGAUUAAAACUGUGAGCUGGACCAAGACCCCAACUCAGGUCCCAAGUUCGAGUCUCGGUCUGGCACACAUUUUUAAUCUGGCAGGAAGUUUAAUGUCAGUGCACACUCUGCUGCAGAGUGAAAAUUUCAUUCUGGAAUACUGUUACAAAUUUCUUUUAUCUUGGACAUGCAAAUUCAAGCCUCUUUGUAAAAUAUGGCAAGCUAGUGCUAUAGUUAACCUUCAACUGUGUAGUGCUUCAGUAAAUAAACAAAUGCAACUGUGCCUCACAAACUACAAUAUAUCAUUACUUUUUAAUAAUAAAGUCAAGCAAUACAAUAUUUCCUAGAGAUAUGAUGAAGCAUCACUCUACUGGUAUAACACA